AUGGCUGCCCUCGCCAACGCUGCUGUUGCUCCCUCCACCUUCGUCGGCCAGAGCGCUGAGCUCGCCGCCAAGGUCAACAAUGUGGAGGCUCGCGUCUCCAUGAGGAAGACGGCCAAGGCCGCCCCCACCAGCUCCUUCUACGGCCCCGAUCGCCCCCAGUUCCUGGGCCCCUUCUCCUCCCCCCCCUCGUACUUGACCGGUGAGUAUGCCGGUGACUACGGGUGGGACACCGCGGGUCUGUCCGCCGACCCUGAGACGUUCGCCAAGAACCGCGAGCUGGAGGUGAUCCACGCCCGCUGGGCUCUUCUCGGCGCCCUGGGCUGCCUGACCCCCGAGCUCCUGGCGAACAACGGCGUUGAGUUCGGCGAGGCUGUGUGGUUCAAGGCCGGUGCUCAGAUCUUCUCCGAGGGCGGCCUCGACUACCUCGGCAACCCGAGCCUGAUCCACGCCCAGUCCAUCCUGGCCAUCUGGGCCACCCAGGUGAUCCUGAUGGGCGCCGUUGAGAGCUACCGCGUGGGUGGCCUCGAGGGCUUCCAGGAGGUGGAGGACCCCCUGUACCCCGGCGGUGCCUUCGACCCCCUGGGUCUGGCUGACGACCCCGACGCUCUCGCGGAGCUGAAGGUGAAGGAGCUGAAGAACGGCCGCCUCGCCAUGGUGUCGAUGUUCGGAUUCUUCGUCCAGGCCAUCGUGACCGGCAAGGGUCCCCUUGAGAACCUGUCCGACCACCUGGCUGACCCCACCGUGAACAACGCCUGGGCCUAUGCCACCAACUUCACCCCCGGCCACAGCCCGGCGGUCGGCUCGUCCACGUCCGUCUUCUUCGUGCGACGGCCUCUCGGCGACGUCGCCGUUCCUGUCGCCAAGCCAACCGUCGCACCUUUCGCAGACGUCGUGUGCUCGUCGUCGUCGUCGGCGCCGACCCCUCACUCCACGUCCAGUCCUUCUCGCGUCUUCCUUCGCCCCUCAUCAGCUAUUUCCAGUUACAAUCGCACCGAUGCCUCCCCUCCGCGGCGCGUCGAUCCGCAUCUCUCCGCACCCUCCGCCGCAUCUGCCGCCUCCGGCUGCGUCGGCGAGCUCACGGACUCUCGCAUGUCGCACAACGGCGUCGCACAGCGCAAUGCAGUCGCACAGCGAUUCGCCUCCACGUCUGACGCGCGAACGGAGUCGCUAGCAGCCGAGGCGCUGUACCUCGCACAGACGGCCGCGCUCGUCGCGAAAGAAGCAGCGCAGCUCGCGACUAUAGAGAGGGCCAUGCAGCGGGAGGUGACUACAACGAAGGAUUCCUCUAAGACGCUGGUCGAAAGCAGCUGGCGUGAUUGUAUCGAGGUGGGGGAGGAGCUAGGGCAGGAGGAGUUACGGAGUGUGUGGAUGGCUGCAGGCGCUCCGGUUCCUCUCCUGACUCCGCUGGAAGCUUCCAGGAACACGCAGCUGGAUAGCGCCACCAGGAGCUUUCUACCGGCUCGCAGCGCUUUAAUAGGCGACGUGACAAGCGCCGACUUGCUAUGGCAGGCGCGUGGUUUCUGGUGGGAUGAGGAGGAAGGGGAGUCGAUUCCACGUGGCAGCACCAGAUUGGUCCGUUCAGCGUCUGUAGCUUCUGAGAGGUCGAGCAACGCAAUGCUGACCGACGAUUGGUCGUCGGCGUUGCCUGAAACGUCGCCGAGACAGGUUGGCGCCAGCACACUGUCUGCUCUUAGCGAAUGUGACUUAAGCGAGAGGGAAGCAAGCGGGGACAGCAGCGAUGGUGAUAGUACCGAGGCAACCAGUCAACUAAAGCCGCGUAGUGUGCGAGCCUUAGUUAAGUCCAGGCGGAAAGGAAUGCGCAUGGAGCAGAGGGAGAAGGCGAGAUUAAAGAGGCUCGCCAAUCGGUCCUCAUCCCCCAACUCGUCACUAGACUCUCUCCUCCUACUCACUCCCUCCCGCUCCGCCGCGAAACGAUCAGCGAAAGCCCCGGCGAAGGAGUUACCCGAAGCCGGCGAAGAGAAGGAGUUGACGUUGGAGGAGUUUCGCCGAGUGUCGAACGACCCGAUCUUCGCCAUGUUCGAAUCCGCGGGUGGUAACUCGCGUCUCCUCACAGCCGCGGAAGAAAUAGAAUACUCCAAGGGCGUUCAGGAGCUCCUGAAGCUCGAGCGAGCGCGAGACGCGGCGGAGAAGGCGCAGGGGCGCACGGUGACGAUGGAGGAGUGGGCGGAGGCGGCGGGAUUGUCGGUGGCGGAGGUGCGGCGGCGGGAGGCGCGCGGGCGCGAGUGCAAGAAGGCGAUGAUGGCGAGCAACAUGCGGCUGGUGAUCAGCGUCGCGAAGAAAUACUGCCGCGGGGGCGUCGGCCUGCAAGAGCUCAUCACGGAGGGGUGCAUGGGGCUGAUGAAGGGCAUAGAGCGCUUCGACCACAAGCGGGGCUUUAAGUUCUCCACGUACGCGCACUGGUGGAUCCGCCAGGCCGUCACGCGCUCCGUCGCCGAGCAGACCCGCACCGUGCGCCUCCCGGCCCACAUCUAUGAGCUGCUAUCGCGCAUCGCCAAAGCAAGAGACCUGCUGUGGGAGCAGCUGGGGCGGCUGCCGUCCGACAGUGAGCUGGCCGGCCUCGUGGGGCUCACCCCCGCCAAGCUAAGGGCGGCGGUGCGCAACGUGCGUGCGCCCUGCUCCAUGGACCGCCCGAUUUCCUCCGAUGGCGAAGACACUCUCGGGGCAUUUGUGGAGGACUUGACUCUGGAGUGCCCCGAGGAGCGCAUGAUGCAGCAGCUGCUGAAGCGCGACCUGCAGCAGGUGCUCGGCACACUCACGCCCCGGGAGAGGGAGGUGAUGUGGCACCGCUAUGGGCUCGACGACGGGCGUGCCAAGACCCUGGAGGAGCUUGGAGUGAUGUUCCGGGUGACCCGGGAAAGGAUUCGGCAGAUUGAGUCCAAGGCACUGAUGAAGCUGAGGCAGCCUGAGAGGGGAGGGGGAUUGAAGGGCUAUGUGGAUGGGUUGGCCGUCCAGCCCUACAAAACCCCCCUGCUUUCACGUCAUUCUCAAGCUUCAGCAGUACUUCCGUAUUCACUUAUUUUUUAUCAUCCCAUCAAGCAGACAGAAAUGGCUGCCCUCGCUAACGCUGCUGUUGCUCCCUCCACCUUCGUCGGCCAGAGCGCUGAGCUCGCCGCCAAGGUCAACAAUGUGGAGGCUCGCGUCUCCAUGAGGAAGACGGCCAAGGCCGCCCCCGCCAGCUCCUUCUACGGCCCCGACCGCCCCCAGUUCCUGGGCCCCUUCUCCUCCCCCCCGUCAUACCUCAACGGCGAGUAUGCCGGUGACUACGGGUGGGACACCGCGGGUCUGUCCGCCGACCCCGAGACGUUCGCCAAGAACCGCGAGCUGGAGGUGAUCCACGCCCGCUGGGCUCUUCUCGGCGCCCUGGGCUGCCUGACCCCCGAGCUCCUGGCGAACAACGGCGUUGAGUUCGGCGAGGCUGUGUGGUUCAAGGCCGGUGCCCAGAUCUUCUCCGAGGGCGGCCUCGACUACCUCGGCAACCCGAGCCUGAUCCACGCCCAGUCCAUCCUGGCCAUCUGGGCCACCCAGGUGAUCCUGAUGGGCGCCGUUGAGAGCUACCGCGUGGGUGGCCUCGAGGGCUUCCAGGAGGUGGAGGACCCCCUGUACCCCGGCGGUGCCUUCGACCCCCUGGGUCUGGCUGACGACCCCGACGCUCUCGCGGAGCUGAAGGUGAAGGAGCUGAAGAACGGCCGCCUCGCCAUGGUGUCGAUGUUCGGAUUCUUCGUCCAGGCCAUCGUGACCGGCAAGGGUCCCCUUGAGAACCUGUCCGACCACCUGGCUGACCCCACCGUGAACAACGCCUGGGCCUAUGCCACCAACUUCACCCCCGGCCAGUAA